AUAUUUUGAACAGAAGAUAUAAAUUAGGUCUUUGGAUUUGAAGAGAAUUCAACAACUAGAUUAGUAGCACAAUAUAAAACAAUACAAGAACUUGUAGACUAUGAUAAAGCAAUACAACAACUAGUAGACUAGUAGCACAAUCAAUUAUGAUAAAACAAUAUAACAAACCACUGGAAUAUGGAAAAUGGUUCAAGAAGAAUUAAUUACCUAGAGAAAGACAGAGAUUCUAAAAUGCCUCUUUUUUCCAAAAACAAAACAUCAUAGUAAAAAAAAAAAAAACUCUGUACACUUUCACUUUCAUCAGUAAAACACCAAUGUGUUUUGCAGCUGUUGGUUGGAAAAAUUGAAGAAGCAAAAAAAUGACAGAUGAAACAAACAAGUACAAUUCAUCCAACUUCAUUGAACUUUGAACUCUGAACCCAAACUUCCCAAAACUCUUCCAAGUUUUUUUCAGCAUUUAACAUCUCUUUACAUUCAAACUUUAAUGCCGAAACUCCUCCUUAUUACAUCAACAUUUCAUUCUCACAGCAUAUCUUCUAUACAUUGCUUCUGUACUUCCUUAUAACUCUUGUCUAUCCUUUCAACUUACUGAGAUUUGUUUGUUCUUUUGUUCUAAAACAAUGAACCAUCUCUUUGAUCUGCCCGAAAAGAUUUGUUAUGUACAAUGUGGAAUCUGUACCACUAUUUUGUUGGUUAGUGUGCCGUGUAGUAGCUUGUCGAUGGCGGUGACCGUGACGUGUGGCCAUUGCUCGAGUCUCCUUUCUGUUAACAUGAUGAAAGCCACUCUGGUUCCUCUACAUUUUCUGUCUUCUUUAUCUCACAAUGUGCCCAAAGAAACUUAUAGAGAAAUGAAUUCAGGGAAAUUCUUCGACAGUUUCAAAAGAUCAAAAUUGAAAUUUUCUGAGUAUGAAGUUGAAGAAGACUUGAUUCCUGCGACAACUCCUUUUGUAAACAAACCUCCUGAGAAACGACAGCGCGCUCCAUCGGCAUACAACUGCUUCAUCAAAGAUGAAAUAAGAAGGCUCAAAACUCAAAAUCCUGAAAUGACUCAUAAAGAAGCCUUUAGAACAGCAGCAAAAAACUGGGCAAAUUUCCCUCCAAUCCAAGAAAAAGAUGACAAGGAGAAGUGUAAUCAAGUUGAGGAAAAUGGGAGUUGGAACACUCAAAUUCCUGAGGUUCAUAAGGAAGGCAUUCAUUUUUUGACAUAACUCACCAUUUCAGUGAAGCUAUAAGAAGGUGGGAGAAUGCUUUUAGUUUCUGCUUUGUUACUUCUUUUAGGAAAAAAGGGUUAAAAAAUCCAGUGUUCUUAAAAAGGAUAGAUGCCAUUGGGAAUGAAAGUUUUUCUUUUCUUUCUGUUUUUUUUAGUUUCUCUUUGUUGAUUAAGUGUUUGUCUGGAAAAACUUGGUUUUUUAUGGAAGUUUUCUGUUCUCUGUUUUGUAUUUCCUUUAGUAAAAUGGACCUUUUGAACUUUGAAAUUAA